AUGCUAGCAAAGUAUUUACUUUUUUCCAAUCAAAGGAGCAUAUUGAAAAGUACCAUAUUCAAAUUCAGCUCAGCUUAGAAAUAGAACACAGAUAUUAUCACUAAAGUAUAAAUAUCUGUGUAUCAUAAGACCUUAUACAACUUCUUAUCAAAGCUAAACUAAUAAAAUGUAGAUCUAGACUAAUAAUAUUUGGACUUGACAGUAAAAAGUGCUGAUGAUUAAAGUUAAUAAAUCUAGGAGCAAUUGUCUAGUAUGCGAAAGCAAAUGACUAAGCUAAACAUUUACAGUAAAUUAUUUGUCGAUCUUCAUAAGACUAUUGAGUCCUUGAAGGCUUGCCAAGAAAUCAGAGAUGAUCCUAGAGAAGACAAAGAAAUGAGGAAAUUAGCAGAGGAAGAUCAUGAAAUCAUAAUGGAGUAAUUAGAUGAAUUGCAAUUUGAAAUUGAAGAGGCAAUAGUACCUCAGAAUGAAGUUGAUAAAAAGAACUGCACCAUUGAAGUCAGAUAAGCUGCUGGAGGUAGUGAAUCUAGUUUGUUUGCUGAGGAUCUGCUUAAUAUGUAUAAGGCAUUUUGCUAAAAGAAAGGAUUGAAAUGCAUAUAAGAGGAAUUUAUGCAAGACAUUGCGAUUGGAAAAGGGUGUAAACACGCACUUUGCAAAAUUAUAGGAGAAGACGCUUAUAAGUACUUUAAGUUUGAGGCAGGAGUUCAUAAAGUUUAGAGAGUGCCUGAGACUGAGAAAAUGGGAAGAAUGCACUCAAGCACUGUCACAUUGGUGGUAAUGCCAGAAGUCCCAAGAGAAUUUCACAUUGAUGAAAAAGAUAUUAGAAUAGAUACUUAUAGAGCUUCAGGUGCUGGAGGCUAGCAUGUUAACAAAACGGAUAGUGCUGUAAGAGCAACACAUAUUCCCACUGGCAUUAUUGCUACAUGUUAAGAUGAGAGGACUUAACAUUCCAAUAAGGCUAGAGCCCUUGAGAAUUUAAAACAAAGACUCUAUUAAGCUUUUGUUGAGAGAGAAAACAGUAAAGAUUAAAAAGCUAAAAAAGAUUAAAUGGGUACUGGUAAUCUAGGAGAAAAAAUUAGAACAUACAAUUGGCCUAGUAAUAGAAUUACUGACCAUAGAUUAGGGGUAUCAAAGUUCGGUAUUGAGGAAAUGCUCUCUGGAGAUCUAUUAGAGGAAUUCAGUGAUGAGUUAUUAGAGCAAGAAAGAAGUCAGAAGCUAAAACAUAUUUUUGGAGAUUCCGAAAAAUCAAGUCAGUGA